GCCUACCUCCUGAUGGUUCCAAAAGUCUCGCGGGACGACAUUCUUUUCGCUUGCCAUGAGCCCCUUCUUGUUCCUCGUCUUCCCUAUAGAGUGGGUAUGUGCCACUGUUGAUCCUCAACCAUCAUCAAUCGUUCGAGGUGAGCAGAUAUGCCGAAGCGAACAGGCGGCAGCCGCGCUCGUUGUCUGGCCUCGACGCCUUCCAAGGAGGGCCCUAAGGACGCUCAGCAACGGGAAAGGAGGCUCAAGACCAACUGCAAGCGUGAGCCCAUCGCAGGCCUUUUGGAUAUCAGCACAGUGCUCGAGAUGCACAAGGUGUUUUCCAUGUCCGCUUUGCAGCCGUGCCCCGUAUUCGUCUACUCCACCAAGUACCGGUUUUCUCGCAACCGUUGGCUCUGGGAAUACGCCACCUACAAGGGCUACUUCAUACAAAAGGCAGCGGGCCGCGAGUCCGUGCUUCGCCCGGUCUUUGGGCUGCACAACAGCCUCACGGAUGUGACGAGCGAGUUGAUAGCCAUUGGUUAUAGCCAGAGGCAGCCGACGAUCACGGUCAAAUCGCGACGGCAUGCUGUGGCUUACUGCCGCGUGGCACGCCAGACCUGGUUGCAGCACAAGAUGCCUAAUAGGCCUCUAGAAAACUGCCGACUGCGCAGAGUGACCGGAGUCGGGUUUCAGAUUCCAGGCGUCGACGAGAAGCACGUGAAGAGCGUCAUGUCGCUAUCCAUGGAGGCCUUUCAGGAAAAUCUUGACAACGUCACGUUUCCUGUUUUGUCCGGCCUCAGCCAGCACGGCAGCGACUCCGCGUUCUUCUUGAAGAAAAUGCAGGUGCUGAAAAACAGGUGCAGUAGCACGGUGAAUGACGCAGAGUCGGAGUCAAAAGCACAUCAGCUCGUGAUUCCGAUCAAGCAGUUGCCUUGGACAAAACUUGGGUGGGCGACGGCACCUUACAGAGACCAUGAAGAUGACGUGAACUUUGGCAGUGAAGCCCUCGUCGCCCAAAGACGGGAACUUCACGCCUCAGAAGACGUCUCGGUCUGCUUGCUGUAUCGCCUUGUCCUGGUGACACACAACAUCCUGCAGUACCUUGUCACCAUCAGUGUCGGCAGGUCGUCAACAGUGAAAGAGAGGGCCGACGAAGCCUUGGUCGUCUCUAUCCGGCAGCAGAUGACCGACAGCGUGCUGGAGAUGUUCCUCGACCCAUGCACACAAGUUGUCGAUGCGCUCUUUGAAGCAGUGAUGUGCCGAGCCGCCACAUUGGUAGUCAAAGGGUGCACAUCUAAGCACCUGCGCGUGAGAACGCUACAACAGUGCCGUCUGGGUAGCGCGGUAGCGUCCUGGCAGCUGUCGACACUGCUCCUGACAAGCGUGGGCGAGGCUUUCACCGAGGCCAUUCUGACGGAGGUCGGACACGAUGAGCAGACUCACAGGUACUGCAGCGACUGUCUGAGUCUGAUUCCACGGUUCAAGGAUGACUGCCUGUGCCAGAUUUUCCAGGCGCUCUCACUGCGCCAUCGAAAGGUAUCAAUGCUGAAGGCGGCGCAGAACACCGAGCCUGUGGAUCCCGUGACCUAUUCGGCCGUGACCUUGCUCACGAAAAUGAGUGUCACCUACGCGCUGCACCUAUUCCGAACGCAGAAAGUGCUGCCAAAACAUGUCUACUUGUACGAGCAAGACCUCGAGGAUGACUUCUCAAGUUUUCUGAUGUGCCUCAAUGGUCUGUUCACCGUGGCCGUGCCCCAACCUCCUACCACAGUGCACAAACUGACAGACGGGCGGCUCAGGACAUUUAUGAUGAAUAUGCUCGUAGCGUACUAUAAGGAGGUGGUCGAGCCUUUUGCCUGUGAUUCGCAACAGACGACAGCUUUUGACUAACAACUCAAGGCGAUGACCCCUAGCAGCCGGACGUGAAUGCACUGGAUGGACUUGCACCCCGGAGUUACUGUAUCACCAGUGUUGAUCAUCGGGCAUGGGACACCUUGUCGUGUCAUUGCUGUCAACUGAAAAAUAUGGACGGUUAUGUUUAACGUGA